AUGUCGCAGUUUAAAAAAGCUACUCGUACAUUUAAGAUUUUGUUUUAUUUAUUUAUCACUCCGACAUUAAAUUCAGAAGCUAUACCUUUAGAGAUAAAUUCUAUCGGAGAAUUAGAAUCUCUUGUAAAAUGUGUAGUCGCCGCUAUAAAAACUGAAAGAAAACCAACAGUUACCAUAAUUGGAGACGAUACGAAAAAUACCGUUUAUGAAAACAUACAUAAUAAGGAAAGCCUUACUAAAGUUCUUUCAGAAGAAUACGUGCCGCAAAUAAUUUUUAAUAAACUACAAAUUCUAAAUGAAUCAGCGAGCAAAUUUGAAGAAAAUACUAUGUUAGUUGUUAUUUUCGUCGAUAAUUGUAAAAUUUUGGAACAGUUAGACGUUAUAGUCAUUGACAAGAAAAUAAAAUACGUAAUAAUUCUCUACGAAUACGAAGAUUGUAAUAUGGAUUUAGAAAAAAUUGGAUGGACACUUCAACAUUAUGAUGCCACAUUUAUUUCCCAGUCUAAGAAUCAUACAAUUUAUCAGUUUCAGACGACUUUUCCAGAUAUUGAUGAAAGUAGUUGUGAUUAUUAUGUUAAAAUUAAACUUAAUGUAGUUAAUACUUGUUUUAAUGGAACAUUGGACAAAUCUGUGAUAUUUCCUGCUAAAGAAACAAACAAUCUGAAGGGAUGUCCGUUUCAUGUGGGAAUGGCUACAUUGUAUCCAUAUUCAAUCAUAGAAAAUAAAGAAUCCUUACGAAAUCUGCAACAAAUAAAUGAAUCUCAAAUACGUGGAUCUGAUUUGGAAAUUAUCAAAAUUUUUUGUAACAACAUUAACGCGUCUUUAAAUAUGUAUUAUAUAUAUAGAGAAGAAGAAAAUCCAUAUUUACAUACUGAAUUUAUUUCGUACCUUUUAAACGGCAGUUUAGACGCUUGUGCUGGAGGGCUUUACAACGUAUAUGGAGACUCGAUUACUUAUUCAGGUGCAUAUAACAUGCAAGCAGUUAUUUGGGCAUAUCAAGUAGAAAGAGAACCAAGAUCUUGGCGAACAAUUAUAGGACCUCCACAAACGCUUAAAACGAACGAUGAAGUUAUGGGAUCGGGUAGAACGCCUUAUUUAAAUUUUGAGACCAAAUUUUUUGUUGAAGACGCCAAGUAUAUCGCAUUUGCGAAAACCUCACUAAAUUGUUCUGGAUUUGAAGACUGCGAGAACAAGACAGUUUCUAACAAAGGGUCAACUGUUCUCAUUGAAGGAUAUUUCUACUCUUUACAAGCAUUUACUGCGGUAAAAAAUGAGGCUAGGGUGCUAAGGGCUUCGGAAAACAUUUUAUUUAUUUAUUACUACAUGAUUAUUCGAAGUAACAGUCAUUUUGUUAGGAAGUUUAAAAAAACCAUAGCAAAACUCUUUGAGGCGGGCAUUUGUGAUAGACUGUACCUAGAAGUGAUUGGUUUAUUGACAGUAGCAAAAGCUAAGAGCACCAACGAAAAUAUUAUGGCGAAUAGUUACCUCUGCGAGUCUGGAUGUGCUAUCACAAUAACUCAAAUUGCGGGUGCAAUAUACGUUUGGAUCGUUGGCUGUACUCUGUCUUUCAUUUUAUUUGUAAUAGAAAUAAUGGUAUACAAAGAACAACAUAAGAUGCAGUCACCUUUAAGUGAAACGUGA